AUGGAGGCUCCAUAUCACAGUCCCCAGCCGGCUUCCCACGGCGGCGACUCCCGGCCGUCCCUCGGAUUCCCCCUCGGCACCGCCCUUUUGCUCCUCGUCAUUUUCAGCCUCAGCGGAAUAUGCUCAUGCUGCUACCACUGUGGUAAGCUCCGCCGCUCCUUGUCCUUCCACGCCACCGCCGAUCUCGAGGCCGCCGCCGCCGUCGUUCACCGCCCCUGCAAACCCGUCAUCCCACCAAUGAAUUUGAAACAGCAAGAGACGCAGAGUUUGCCGGUUAUAAUGGCUGGGGAUAAUGUUCCGAAAUUCAUAGCUUUGCCAUGUCCAUGUGAACCGCCGCGACUGGGGAAAAUUAUCGACGGCGCCGACCUGAAGAAACCGCCGUCGCGUGAAGCUGUUGGUGCACACCACUACAUUGUCACGGUCAGCGCGAACCGUCGGGUCAGCCCAGAGCCGGUCCGUAUGUACGGGUCAUUGAACCAUACUCGUGCUACAAACGGGCUGGUUGAUGGUCUUAAUUGUUUUAUUUUAACCCACUGUGUCCUGGCCGGAAAACAGAGACCUGUUCAUGCCGUCGCCGCCUGCUUCUCUCGCCAUGGUUUCCGGCGACUUGCAGCUUUCUUUGCCGUCGCCGUGAAUCCAUCAUCAGCCGCCAGAUACCCGCUGUUGAACUCCUCAGCCGACGAGGAGACUCAUACAACAUUUGUUCGUGAGGCUUUCGAUUUCCGAGUUCCGUUUGUCCGUUCGGUCUCGUUCCUUCCGUCCGUUUGCCAACUGGGCUUGUAG